UGCAUAGGCACAUGUGUGUCUUCGUAUGUAAGGUAUGUGCAUGUAAUUUACAGUUUAGCUUGUCAGUCGCAUUUCCCUUUUUGAACGUAGUUUUAUUGAACUCUUGUAAUAUUAUUUUAAAAGAAAAGUAUAAUGGAUCGCUAUAAUCGUGCCUGGAGAGAUCCUAGGUCUCCACUGACGCCCCUAACGCCACUUACGACGCGGGUGUUCACUUUUGAUAAUACACCGUCGCCAACUAGGCCAAACUUGCGCAGGUCACAAAACGAAAUAAAAUUUCGAAGGCCUAAGCUUAACCAUCUUACCGUGCCGCAUCAAACAGUGGAAACAACACGAGGUUCAACCGGUGAUUGGGGCCCAAAACACUUUUCGCAGGAUUUUAUGCGCAUUCGAUCUGUUUUUUCGCCAUCCGCUCAGAGCACGGCGUCUCAAACUGGCACAACCACGCCCCGUUCCCAAUCCAGUCAACAAACUGGCGGAACCGUUGCAGAAGCCCAUUCAAAACGUCAGUUUAAGCGCAGCUCUCCGGUGGAUCAGCCUACACUCAGUCCCCGUGUGAGUUCCCUGCUGAGUCGCACUGGAAAUGAGCACUUGACCGAAUUGUUUACACGUCAAGAAAUUGAUCUGCAAAUACUCAUACAGAUGACAUUGGAAGAUCUGGAGUCUCUUGGCGUCCGAGGCGUUAAGGAAUUGAAAUUAGCUAUUGAUGUAAUCAAAUUCGCCAAAAAGUUCUUCUAGUUGUGUUUUUACGUUCAUUACUGUACCCAUUUUCAUUACUGUACCCCAUUUGCAUUACUGUACCCCAUUUUAUAUGUGUCCAAUUAAUUGAUAAGAAAUAAUUGUUUUACGGAAUAUAUAUGUCGAUCAUUUGUGAAACCAA